AGGAGGGUGCAAUGUGAACCACAGCAACCGGCAGAACCGGGCCAUCUCCUCCUUUAAAAUGAAGGCUAAUCCAUGAGUGGGGUUUCUGAAAACUUGAGUCUAAUCACAACCCAACAAUGAGCCAAAAGUAUCAUGAAGAUGACUCUGGGGAGGCAGGUGAGGAGCACAUGGCUGCCUCGGUGUCCCCAAGGAGCCGGCAGCCCAAUGGAACCCCUGGAGAACCUUCCGUACGUCGGUCCUGGAGGCCAUGUCAGAUGCUCAAUCAAGAAGGGGAAGUAAAUCCUCAUCAUCAUCAUCAACAUCGCCAUCAACAAUACCCUCCUCACCAACACCACCCUGCUGGCCGUGGACCCCAUCGUCACCGACGACGACCUCCAUCAGGCCAAGGGCAAAGCCAAGGUCAGGUUCAGAGUCCUGGUCUGGCUCUGCCUGUAGUUUCUUCCAGGUCAGAUGGAGGAGACGAUCAGGACACUGAACCUCGUACUUUGCAGCAACUCCGCCCUGCUGUUACUCGCUAUCGGCGUCAUGGUGACCCCAACCCAAGACUCAGAGGUAACAGACAGCGUCAGCAGUUCAGAGACGUACAGGAUUCUCCACAUGGUGUCGACGAGACAGAAAGUUCAGCAGAGGCAAAGCCACAGGAAUGCUCUACAGUUGGUCUAAUAGUGAACCAAUUACAGGACAAAGGUUCUCCUCAUCUAACCCCUGUUGCUGUUGUUACUCCAACUCACCUCUCUGCUGGUCCUGCCAUACAAAAUGUGCAGCUCGAACCCCAACAGGCUUCUGCUGAUGCAGAAGAGGACUUCCAUGAGCAAAAAGCAGUGUGUGAAGAAGAAUCAAAGGAAGUUCAAGAGCAGGCGACAAAUUAUGUAACUGAAGGUUACUCAAUCUGCAGCCAUGAUGAAAAAGUAGAAGAACAAGCUGAAAAGGUGGAGGAGGAUCGGGAGGAUGCGAUUGUCAAAGCAGAGGAAGACCCUGCAGCUCAGGGAAGUGAAAUUACAGAUCUCUGUUCUGACACAGAGAGCGCCGCCUCACUCAGUAUGGAUGGACCUCUCCACAGCCCCCCACCUCUCCAGUCACCAACUCCUCCUUCCUCUCCUGAUGUCCCACCGUUCCCCCAGGUGGACCACUUUAGUGAGGACAUCAGUAUGAGCUCUUUACCUGACAACAAUCCUUUACCCGAAGAGGAGGAAGACGAUUACUCUGAAUCGUGUUCACUAUCUCACUCGACUUCUUGCUCUGAAUCUCAUCCAAAAACCUAUGCAGACUUUUACACGGAGUCCCACCAAAAACCUUACGAAGAGCCUGUCUUUGAAUCAUAUUCUGACCCAAAAUUCCAUCCCAACUCUUUCCCUGCGCCGCUUAAGACCUCCUACCCUGAUUCACCCAGGGAACCAUGCCUGCAACCUGGUCGAAAGACUGAGGCCAACAGGCAAGAGUCACAGCAAGAGCCCUAUGUCAGUCACAGACUGAAGAAUGUUCAAAAAGGGUCUUCAUCCUCCCCCACUGAGGGAUAUCACCACGCUCCAAGACAGAAUAGAAACCAUGGAUCCCGUCCCUUUUCGCUAGAUCGCUCUGUUGGCUGCCGACUGCACCAUUAUGACGGGCAGUCUGACAGCGAGGGAGAGAGCGCCGAUAAAAGCCCUCUUUCCAAAAGUGGUAGGGUGGCAACCAGGCAACCACAAACUCAAGCCAAGGCCUCAUCCCCUGGGCAGCCUAGUUCAGGUGAAGCCAAAAAUGAUCAGAAUAUGUCAGGUCUAUCAGGGGAAGCUGCAAAGGGCUCGGGAGAUGCCAUCAGCCUGGCGAUUAAGGACAUAAAGGAGGCGAUUGAGGGUGUGAAGACUAAAGCUGUGCGCUCCCCUUACACACCAGACCAGCCUGUGGAGCCAAUCUGGGUGAUGAGACAGGAGAUCAGUCCCACAGAGGAGACUUCCCCUCACUCCCCUUCUCAGUCGGCUUUGGACUCUCCGUCCCGCUACGUCUCCCUUCCAAUCCGGGACAAUGUCAGUCCUAUGAGGGCGGAGUCAUCCAGAAGCCUUAACCCGCAGCAGACCCAACACAACCAUCACCACCACCAAGACCACCAGUCGAGGGCACCACAGACAUACGCACCUAGUAAUCAGCAGCAACUGUGUCAACGUCAGCAACAGCAGCAGAGUCAACAGCCUGCUGCUCAAGCUCAGCCGCCAUCACCCUCUCAGACACCAUCUGCCCAGGAGAUACGUCGAGCUCUUCCUCCUUUUCCCACAUUUGUGGACGUCCCAGGCCCUUGUGACCCCGAUGACCUGAUUGAUGGCAUCAUAUUUGCUGCGACCUACCUGGGCUGCACACACCUGCUUUCAGAGAGGACGCCCACGAAGAGCGCUCGCAUGCAGCAGGCCCAGGAGGCCAUGAGCAGAGUCCGGGCUGCCCUGAAGCAGGCGAAGAACAGGAAAAAGAGCCCUGACGGCGAGGCUCCAUCCACAGCUGAGGUGGACCUGUUCAUGUCCACUCAGAGGAUCAAAGUCCUCAAUGCAGACACACAGGAGGCUUUAAUGGACCUUCCACUGCGGACCAUAUCUUACAUAGCUGACAUUGGGAACAUGGUGGUUCUGAUGGCGAGGGGCAAGAUGGUGCGAUCCCGCAGCGCUCAGGAGAACCUGGACCACACAGCCGAGCAGACCAGCAUGACCCACGAUGAUCGCAGGAUGUACAGAAUGAUCUGCCACGUCUUCGAAUCUGAGGAUGCCCAGCUCAUCGCCCAGUCCAUCGGGCAGUCCUUCAGCGUGGCCUACCAGGAGUUCCUCAGGGCUAACGGCAUCGACCCCGAGGACCUGAGCCAGAGGGAGUACAGCGACCUGCUCAACACUCAGGACAUGUACAACGACGACCUCAUCCACUUCUCCAAGUCAGAGAACUGCCGAGACGUGUACAUCGAGAAGCAGAAAGGCGAGAUCCUGGGCGUGGUGAUCGUAGAGUCGGGCUGGGGGUCCAUCCUGCCCACCGUCAUCAUCGCCAGCAUGAUGCACGGCGGGCCGGCCGAGAAAUCUGGCAGACUCAACAUCGGCGAUCAAAUCAUGACCAUAAACGGGACGAGCCUGGUGGGUUUGCCUCUCAGCACCUGCCAGAGCAUCAUCAAGGGUCUGAAGUCCCAGUCGAGGAUCAAGAUGAACAUCGUCAGGUGUCCUCCGGUUACCAUGGUGCUAAUCCGAAGACCGGACCUCAGAUACCAGCUGGGCUUCAGCGUCCAGAACGGCAUAAUCUGCAGCCUGAUGAGAGGAGGCAUCGCCGAGCGAGGCGGCGUCCGAGUCGGUCACCGCAUCAUCGAGAUCAACGGUCAGAGCGUCGUGGCGACGCCUCACGAGAAGAUCGUCCAGAUCCUGUCCAACGCCAUGGGGGAGAUCCACAUGAAGACGAUGCCUGCAGCCAUGUACCGCCUGCUGACGGCACAGGAACAGCCCGUCUACAUCUGAACUUUAUUUACCGCCGUCCUGGUUACACCCCCCCCCCCCGCGUCCCGUUUAUCACUUUGCCUUAAUCUGUACAGCUGUCGUAAACGUGAUCAUCCAGUUUGACAGCAGAAGGCAAACCGUUUCACCGCACUGAGUGUUUCUGUGACAUUUUAGGUUCAACCAAAGAGAAGUUGUGGGUUUUUUGUGCUUAUAGGUUGCAAACAGAGACGUUAGCUUCGUUCUAAUAGCUGUAAUAUCUGAAUGUACUCCAGUCACGAUGGACCUAUCGUUAGUCAGGCUGAGCCGAGGGGCCAAGAACGUUCAGGUGAAGUGGGAGAGAAAAGGAAAAUGCAUGUAUAAAUCUGCAGAAUAAACUGAAGGCUAAAA